AUGGAUAUCAACAUCUCCGGUACUCAGGAUUGGUUGGACAUCUGGAAGCUCCGCAUCAUUGUCCUUGUGAGCACCACAGUUCAGCUGUUCCUCCUCACGUACGGCUCGGCACGAAGAGCCCCGGUGCCUCGAUGGCUUAGGGUAUGCAUCUGGCUAGCGUACCUCUCUGGGGACUCUUUGGCAAUCUACGGCCUGGCCACUCUCUUCAAUCGCCACAGCCGAGCGGCCCCGGUGCGGUCCACGCUGGAGGUGCUGUGGGCACCCAUCCUCCUCAUCCACCUUGCCGGUCAGGACCAGAUUACCGCCUACAGCAUCCAGGACAAUGAGCUGUGGGGCCGGCAAGUGGUCAUCCUGGUGAGCCAGGUGGCUGUCGCCCUCUAUGUGUUCUGCCAGUCGUGGUCCGGCGACAGGAGGCUGCUGGUGGCAGCCAUUCUGAUGUUCAUCAUUGGCAUCUACAAGUUCAGCACCAAGCCCUUGGCACUGAAGAGGGCCACCUUCGGGAACCUGGUCGCCUCGCCUCCUAGUGUGGCCCUGAGAAAGAAACUGUCCGGUUUCAGGCAUUGCUUCGGAGACUUUUGGAAUGGGAGAUGGAUACCCUUUUCGGUGUCGCUGAGCACGCCCGAAGUGAUUCUUGCAGAUGAUAUUGAACAAUGUGUCGGGUGGUUACAAGCCUGGGCCGAACAAGAGGAAAUGGAAGCAACAGAAGAAGAGCUCAGCCUCCGUGAGUACGUGUUAAAGGUCCAACAAGCACCAGAUGCCUCGGUCUCGUCGGUUUUCCUUCACGAGACCGAGGCAUUCGCGGCGGACCUCCUUGUCCCCUACUCUCGCCGCGUCAAGAUACUGCAGUUUAUGCGGAACAUUGCUUGCAAGAAGGAUAGAUCCGCAAUUGCAGUUAGGAUGGGGCUCGACGAGGUAUAUUGGCGCCUGUACACCAGGGCGAAGGUCGCCUUGACAUGGAUCGGCAUCGAAGUCCGGCUCCUCACCUUCUCCCUGGCGGCCGUGGCCAUAGCCUUGUUCGCCAGGACCCCGAAGCCCCACGACGAUUCGGCCGACGUCAAGGUGACGUACAUCCUCUUCAGUAGCAUCGCUCUGUUAGAGCUUCUCUCCUUCUUGAACAUCUUCACAUUGAGAUUCGGAAAUAGAGUGGCGGCUUGUCUGCCUUGUUAUUGUGACCCCGACUUGAUUUACCAACAAAGCCUGAUAUCUAGCGCGGCCCGGAGGAGGAAACCAUCGUGGCUCCUCUGGCUCGCCGCGCUCGUCUCCUUGGAUGACUUAGUCAUGCGGCACUGGUACAUCAAUCAGACGCCUGGCAUGGAGCGCAUCCAUGAGGCAGUGCUUGCCCAUAUCACCAGAGGGUGGGACGAGUACAUACACGGCGACCCUGCUUUGUACAGGGAAUUCAACAACCUGAGGGGCCAGCGGGCCGUGCGCAACCAUCAGGAGGUGCUCAGCUACAUUGUCAACUGGCCGUUCGACCAGAGCGUCCUCAUCUGGCACGUAGCCACGGAGAUGUGCUUCCAGUGUCGGCGGGCCGCCGAGGAAGAUCGCCCAAGCCAUAUCCUGCUACAUGAUUUACCUUCUUUCGGCGCGGUCCGAGAUGCUGAUGCUCGGGACCAGACGCCACCUCUUCUCCAACUCAUUGGACGACAUCAAGAUCAUGCUGCAGUACAGCGACCUCGACGACGCCUGCAGCGACCACCGCAGCAUCGCAUCGGCCAUUCUGCUCACGGAGCGGCUUGGGACCUUGCUGCACCGGGACUCCAUCGGGCCCCUCAUCCCCAAGGCAUGCCAGCUCGCGGAAGCGCUUCUCCAGGAGCUCCAGCACCAGAAGGAGGAGACAUGGCAGAUGGUGCAAGACGUUUGGGUCGAGAUGCUCUGCUACGCCGCCAGCCGGGGCCGGGGCUACAUGCACGCCGUGAGCCAUGGCGAACGCUGGGAGCUGCUCAGCCAUGUAUGGCUUCUACUGUGCUACAUGGGAAUGGAGACCAUGGCCGACCGGCUGCAGAGGGCCGGUGAUGAAAACAAAUGAGCACGGAGACACUGCAACCCAGGUCAACGUGCGUACAGGUUUGCCCGGCCGCCAAUUUCUUCCCUGCCACUCGUUUGGCUGUCGCUACGACCUUCCCUGCUUGAUCGUUCAUUUCAAUUCCAGUGGUGUGUUGAACAGUUUGCUACCUUGAUUUCGUCUGUGUGUAAUGGCAUUGUCUGCCUGUAAGUUAUGCGCUCCGGGUGUGAGCUUAUUUCAAUUUCCACAAAGAAUGGACUAGUGUGAUUUGUAAUAAAUUGAGGUGCGAGAUAUUAACAAUAUGGCAUUGUGUGUGGUUUGGACUUGCUUA